AUGGGGCAUUCUUUGUCUAAAGAGGCGUCCUUCAUUAAGGAUCUUAAAGCCUCCCUUCGGGAGAGAGGAAUUAGGGUCAAGAAGAAAGAUUUAAUAAAUUUCUUUAUUUACAUUGACAAGGCCUGUCCUUGGUUUAUGUUGGAUGGCCCUACCAUUCACCCCAAAAAAUGGCAAAAGGUAGGACGUGAGCUCAAUCAAAAAUUAACUGAGGAAGGAGAUCAAUCACUCUCCCCUACAGUCUUUUCCUUUUGGGGCAUUAUUAGAGAUAUUGUUGAGGAUGCUGACAAUGAUGCUGGCAAACGACAGUUACUUUCAGUUGCUGAAUAUUGUCUUUCUUCAUCCAAGCAAAAUUCACCCGCCGCUUCUCGUCCUCCCUCUCGUGCUUCUGAUUCCUUCUCUUUGGCUAACGCCUCUCCUCUUCCUAGCCUCCCUCAACUUUACCCGCCUCUUCCCACUGCUGAUGUCCCGCCACCAUACUCUGGAACGCCUAAUCACAAAGAAUCUUUAAAAUCCCUCGGCCCACCCGUCUCUUCUGCACAAGAUCCUGAACCCCUAGAUCCUGGAGAUGCCGCUACGCUCGAGAACGAGGCUGCUCGAUAUCAUAAUGAUAGUGACCCUCCACUCGCCUCCGCACCUCCGCCAUCUGCUCCUUUUGUCCUCCCAUCCUUCCCUACACUGCCUACAGAUAUCCUCUCUGAGACCCGGUCUCGUCUUUCUGCCCAAUUCCGUGACCUAACCGAGAUCCUCCAUCUCCAACAACAACUUUCGCAACUUACAACUCGCUGCUCUGCCCUCCCUACAUCCAAUCCUGCCUCCGCUAUUCCUGAGCGUUUUCCUCCAUCUAACUCUUCGCUCAUAAAUCCGGUUUUUCCUCUGCCCACCCCGUCUCAACUUACUUUUCCUGUUACUACUCGCUCACAGGCAAACCGUAUUUCUGGCCCUUCUCAAUCCACGCCUACUCGCCCUGAUCAUGUUAGCAUUAGAAUCCUUGACGAUGAGGCCUCCGAUGAACAAAAUAGCGAAAGUGAAAGUGACGGCGAGGAGGGGCCCCAGGCUCCCAACUCCUCUAGCGCCCUUGCUAGUUCUUCCGCUAAAGCCAGAACAAAAUCCUCCUCUGAGGAGCCUGGUGACUUUCAUCCCCUUCGCUUCAAAAAGUUAGAAAAACUUAACUCAGCCGUCCGCACCUAUGGCCCUAAUGCUCCUUUUACUGUUUCCCUCCUUGAAAGUAUGGCUGGGGGCGGAUUCCUGACACCCAGUGAGUGGCUUACUGUUGUCCAAUCGGUUCUCACAAGAGGCCAAUUUCUCUCAUGGCAGGCUGACUGGUAUGACCGCUGCCGCAAUUUGGCUAAUAAUAAUUUUAAAAAUCCUGACAAAGCCUCAGCAAAAUGGACAUUUAAUAAAUUAACAGGACAGGAAAAAUAUGCUCCAGAACAAGUACAGCGUGCUUUUCCUGUCGGGCUCUUAGCUCAAGCCCAUGGGGCUGCCCUUGCCGCGUGGCGGGCAAUUCCAGUUAAGGGGUCUGUUCUUUCACCCUUAACAAAGAUUAUCCAAGGCAAUAAUGAGGACUAUUCAGAAUUUGUGGGACGCUUCCUUGAGGCGGCGGAGCGAUCAUUGGGAUCCGAUAAAAUAGAACGAAAAGAAAGUAAACUCCUUAAACAGCUGGCCUUCGAAAAUGCUAACUCUGCCUGUAAGGCAGCCCUGCGGGGCAAAUAUAAGGAUAAAAGCCUUCCUGAGAUGAUCCGUAUCUGCUCAGAUGUUGACACCUUUACUCAUAAGAUGUCUCAGGCCAUAAGUUUAGUCAUGGGAGCUUCACAAGGCCCCAGUUCAAAAUUCCCUUGUUUUAAAUGUGGACAAGUGGGACAUUUUGCAUGGCAAUGCCCUCAACAAAAUUCUUCCCCUUCGGGACAAAAUGGAGGGCUUCCUCGUCCCUUGCCCACUACUGUUUGUCCACGUUGUCGGCGAGGCAAACAUUGGGCCGCUGCCUGCCGCUCCAAAACGGAUGCCGCAGGAAAUCCUCUCCCUCCCCCACAGGGAAACAUGAGGAGGGGCCAGCCCCGGGUCCCUCAGCCUAUCAACUUCAUGCCGGCCUCGGGGGUAAGCCAGCCAUGCCACAAUCAGACCCUAACGCAGCCAGCGCCAGACCAACAGCCUGCCUUCGCAGGGCCACUCCCAGGAGCGCAGGAUUGGACCUCUGUGCCUCCACCGACUCAAUUCUAA